UCUAUAUAAUGCUUCCCUAUAUAUACCUAUAGUUGUACAGACUUAAGGUUAUAUACGAUCCAGUUGAAUAAAUUUAGAAAUUAUUCCAACCAUUUCAAUGGGCUAUGGCCCAAGAAGGGAUUUCCUCUUCUUCAGAAGUCACAGAAACAACUUCUGCAAUAGUAGUAGAUAUAUCUCCCUCAGAUAUCAAAUAUGUGUGCUACGAGGGGGAAGAACAGUUGCCACUUAUAAUGAGCAUAGUUGAUCAAGAGCUGAGCGAGCCCUACUCCAUAUUCACUUACAGAUACUUUGUCCACCUCUGGCCUCAUCUUUGUUUCCUGGCUUUUCACAAAGAAAAAUGUGUGGGGACUAUUGUCUGUAAAAUGGGUCAGCAUAGGAAUACAUUUCGAGGUUACAUAGCAAUGCUGGUUGUAAUCAAGCCUUACAGAGGAAAAAAGAUUGCAACAGAGCUUGUAACUAGAUCCAUCCAGGUGAUGAAGGAAUCUGGAUGUGAAGAGGUUACGCUCGAGGCAGAGGUUACAAACAAGGGAGCACUUGCAUUGUAUGGGAAUCUUGGAUUCAUCCGUGUAAAGAGAUUAUUUAGGUAUUACUUGAAUGGCGUUGAUGCUUUUCGGCUUAAAUUAUUAUUCCCUCGUCCUGAUCCCUUGUUUAUGCUAAAUGAAGAAAAUUUUAAUAUGGAUUUGUCCCAUCAAUUUUCUCACGAGGGUAGUGAUCACUGCAAUCAACAUAAAGAUUGUUCAGAACAUUGUCAUGAUUUCAUAUAGAAUGAUGAUCAUCUUUUUCAAGAUACCCUUUUGGCAGGUGUUUUUCUCUUAUUGAAUAUAAGUGCUAAAUAUCUGCAAUUAGUGACCCUUUUCGUAAAAUAAUUGGUCAUCCUUAUAAUGCAUGACCUUUGCAUAGAAUAUCCUAUGUAAAUUUCAGAUGUGCAGGUUCAAUCAGUUUAAAAUUAAAGUAGAUCCCUGAGAAAGAUAUCAUUGUGUUCUUAGGGCAGAAAAUCAUUCAUGACACCCUUCUGCAGUCACAGGUUGAUAUUUCCUGUUCAAGUGUCUCAUAGGAGUUUUGUUAGAAGUUAGAACUAAGAUAAUGAUGUAACAUUCUUGAUACAAGGUUUCUCCUAUUAAUGGGCUAUGAAAUGUCCAUUUAUGAAGAAAUCAAUACAUGCACUAACCAUGCAGUGACCAGAAAAUAUAGGACGACAUGACCAGAAAAUGAGAAAAUGUCUGAGCAUGGGAAUGUGGAAAAUGUAACUCCUCCCCUGUAUGAAAGUAUCACCGUCUGUUUGCAGGAGAAACCAAGAAUGCAAUUUUCAGUCAAUGAAGUGGGGAUGAUAUGAUAUUUAGCAGGUGACUUAAUAAGUGAAGCAUCACUUAGUUGAUCAUAACAAUAAUCUGAUGUAAGCUUCUAAUAGGCACAAAAAAUCCAAUUUUCUUCUGGGCUUUAUGUGCCUCCCUUAUUUUUUCUCAAAUUCAAUUUUUGCUCCACAAACCUUGAAAUUGAGCAGUACAAUGUCUUUUCUUUUGGAAGAGUGAAAAUAUGGUAAAUUUGACUGAAAUACAUGGUCAAGGACCAUAAACUCGAAAAGCUUUUAUAAUUAAAGUAAUGUGGAAGAUCCCUAACAUCAAUUUUUCA